ACUACAGACCUUUGUACCACACCAGUCCCCGGCCCUCUCUCUUUCUUCCAAAGAGAGAUCCAUACAGACUCCGAAAGAUGGAGUCCAGUAAACUCAAUGCUCUCUUCUUCAUCUUCAUGCUCGUCAUUUCCUCGGCCGCUCCGAUUCUCGGGUGCCCUACUUGCGGCAAAAAGCCUCCUCCCAAGCACACUAAGCCUAAGACCCCCAAGGGCCCUAUUACAGUCCCUCCCAUUGUGAAACCCCCAGUCAUCAAAGUCCCCCCAGUCACAGUCCCACCUAUCAAACCCCCAGUGACAAUACCACCCAUCGUCAAACCACCAAUCACCAUCCCCCCGGUCAUCCCUCCCAUUGUCAAACCACCAAUCACAAUCCCACCAGUCAUCCCUCCCGUCGUAAAACCACCAAUCAAAAUCCCACCAGUGAUUCCACCAAUAGUGAAACCACCAAUCACAUUACCACCAGUGGUAAUCCCUCCAGUGAUUCCCCCCAUUGUCAAACCACCAGUGGAGAUUCCCCCAAUCACCACCAAGCCCCCGAGCCCAGGGACACCGUGCCCCCCACCACCUGGGAAACCAGCUCCCAAGGACACUUGCCCCAUCGACACACUGAAGCUCGGAGCUUGCGUGGAUCUCCUCGGUGGGUUGGUUCACGUUGGGCUCGGUGACCCCGUGGUGAACGAGUGCUGCCCGGUGCUCGCAGGACUUGUUGAACUUGAAGCUGCAGUGUGCUUGUGCACCACCCUUAAACUUAAGCUUCUCAACCUCAACAUCUUCGUCCCUAUUGCUCUUGAGCUCCUUGUCACUUGUGGCAAGAGCCCUCCUCCUGGUUUCACCUGCUCUAUCUAGAUCAAGUCGUGGUAGAUUCAUGGAGAACUGAAUCGUCAUGAGAGGAUGUCGAUCAAGCGAGACUCCACUUCUUUUCUUUUCUCUUUUCUUCCUCCACAAUGUUUCUUGUUUAAUUUGAUUGACUGGUAUUGAAGCUGAUUUGUAUGCCUGGCUGUGAGAUUAUUGUACACCAUUUGUUUUUAAAUUAUGAGAAGAUUUUUAUUAUUCCA